UUUCCGGUUAAUUGCCGGAAGUGACGACAUUAAACAAACAGUAACCUACUACUGGUAUCCGCUUACUUGAGAAUAAAAAUGUGAAUAAUAGUUGUGGCUUGUUUAUCUUGUAAAUAGUACAUGAAAACGUAUGGUUCCUUUAUUUCCCCGUGAAAUUGUCAUCUUCGGCUGUGUCUGAGAUAGCUAGCUUGCUAACUAGCCUCAAAGGCAGCUAUCAGCAGUACAGGUGACACCAGCUGUGACGGUGGUGGCUGCAUGAACACCCCCGAUAAGCGGUGCCCAGUCGAAACUGACAUUGCUGCUGGUGUUAUUAACAAGCAGGAUACCAACGCCGUAGACGCUUAUAAACUUUCGCGAUGUUCACAGACAUGGACUAUGAGCUGGAGGAAGACAAACUAGGGAUCCCGACUGUCCCCGGAACUGUGACCCUAAAGAAGGAUGCGCAGAACCUCAUAGGCAUCAGCAUUGGAGGGGGAGCCCAGUACUGCCCCUGUCUCUACAUAGUACAGGUGUUUGACAACACGCCGGCUGCGCUGGAUGGGACCCUUGCAGCCGGAGAUGAGAUCACCGGGGUGAAUGGAAAACCUGUCAAGGGCAAGACCAAGGUGGAGGUGGCUAAGAUGAUCCAGGCUGUGCAGGGUGAAGCUACCAUUCAUUACAACAAACUGCAGGCUGACCCCAAGCAGGGAAAAUCACUGGACAUAGUUCUGAAGAAGGUGAAGCAUCGGCUAGUGGAGAACAUGAGCUCAGGCACGGCUGAUGCCCUGGGGCUGAGUCGCGCCAUUCUCUGCAAUGACGGACUGGUGAAGAGGUUAGAGGAGUUGGAGAAGACGGCGGAGCUUUACAAAGGCCUCAUGGAGCACACCAAACGACUGCUUAGGGCGUUCUUCGAGCUGUCGCAGACUCACAGAGCUUUUGGUGAUGUUUUCUCCGUCAUCGGUGUGCGGGAACCCCAGGCCGCGGCCAGCGAGGCCUUCGUGAAGUUCGCUGAGGCCCAUCGCAGCAUCGAAAAGUUCGGCAUCCGUCUGCUUAAGACCGUCAAACCGAUGCUUCAUGACCUGAACACUUACCUGCAUAAGGCCAUUCCAGAUACCAAGUUGACGAUUCGGAAAUACCUCGAUGUGAAGUUUGAGUACUUGUCAUAUUGCCUGAAGGUGAAGGAGAUGGAUGAUGAGGAGUACAGCUGCAUCGCAUUAGGUGAGCCACUGUACCGCGUCAGCACAGGCAACUAUGAGUACCGACUCGUCCUGCGCUGCCGCCAAGAAGCACGGGCCCGCUUUGCCAAGAUGAGGAAGGAUGUCCUGGAGAAGCUGGAGUUGCUGGACCAAAAACACGUCCAAGACAUCGUAUUCCAGCUGCAGCGGUUUGUCUCGGGCAUGUCCCGCUACUACGAUGAGUGCUACGCAGUGCUGAAGGAGGCUGACGUGUUCCCCAUCGAGGUGGACCUCUCUCGCACCACAAUCAACUACGGCAGCCAGGCCUCCUCCUACGGUGAUGAGGAUGAGGAGGAGGAAGAGGGGGGGGAAGGAGGAAAGGCUGGUGAGGAGGGGAGCGGAUCUGCCUGUCAGGCUGAGAAUGGAGCUGAGAAGCUCAUUGAUGAUGAAUAAUAGAAAUUAUCUAAGUAAAGUAUUAGCACCCCUAAUUUGAAGUAGUCACCUGAAAUUAAGUAUUUUUGUACAUAUUCAGCAAUAUCUUGAGCUGGGGAGCUGUAGUGAAGAUUCCAGGAAUGUUAGGGCGGUUCUGCAAAGUUAUCACACGCAAUGGGUACAUCUGUUUAGAGGUCCAGCCAUAUGACUAGAAGUAAUUACUGCCUCCGAGAUUAGUGAGUGUGAAUCUGGCAAAAUUCACUGAACAUAUUUCACUUGUUGUAAAUAUUGUUUUCCCCCUUAUGAAAUAUGUCAGUACAUUGAAUAAAUCACCGAACGUUUCCGUCCAGUCAGAAUACAGAUGCAGCUAUUACCCCAUUUCCUGAGUCUAAACUACCUCUGGACCAUGUUGCUCUGUGGAUCUCACAGACAUAGCUGUUUAUGGGUAAACUGAAGAAAGAACAGUUCAGUCCAUCAAUGCCGUUCUUUGCUGAAGUUUUUCUUUUUUUUUCCCCAUCCUUGUCUUGCGUAUCCUUACACAUUUACGCUUUAUACAGUGGGAUAUUCGCUAUAAGGUUUGCAGGAUGCUAGAACUUUCAUCAGUCAGGUGACAGGUGCCUUUUUCCUACAGUGCUACUAUAUGAAUGAGAUGUGAAGUUGCACACCAGCUCUCCAUAAUUUUCCUCCAUCCUGGUUUUUAGUGAUGGACAAAAUGAGGCUUUGUGAAUCAUUUGCUGUAUUUUUUGACCCCACUAGAUGGUGCUGUUGGUUUGCUUUGGCCAUAUUUUAUGCCCUUACAGAGAGCACCAUCUAGUGGAGUAAAAAAAAAAAUACAGCAAAUGGUUCACAAAGUGUCAUUUUGUCCAUUACUCCUGGUUUCAUCUGUGGCUCUUUGCUGUCCUUUUGGCACUUUCAUCCUUGUUGGGUACUGGGUGUGCCUGUCUGUGAAACUGGACUGAUCUGCACUGGUACCACCUAGUUACCUCUAGCAGGGCCGGUUCAUGCCUUUUGGACUCUAAAAUGGCUGAGGGAUUUUGAUUGCUGAUGUUGAAAUUUCAGUUUUUUUAAUUAAUAAACUAAGGGAGGGUUAUUAUUUUUAAUGAGUUAACUAAACUGGAAACUUAUUACACUACAACUGUAGCAUGCGUGGCAGCCCUCAGGUAUCAACGAAAUAUAUGUUAUGUAUAAAUUAUUAUUGUAAACAUGGAAUAAAUAUAGUUUAAUUACAGUGCAAUUGCAAGGAUUGUGAAUAAAAUUAUAUGCAUUUCACAUUGUAUCACUGAGCAUUUCAAAUGAGGGUGAGGCUGAAUUUACAGGGGUUUGUCGUGGAAAAUGCCAUUAGGUCAAGUGCAGCAGCACUGCCCCCUGCUGUUUACUCUGCACCUAUACCCCACAACAGUUUUAAAAUGGCUAAUUGUCACAGCUGUAGAGUCGAUUGACCUUCUUUGACCUUUUUUCCUUCCAUUUGCACUACAGGACUGUGCAUUCCUAAGGGUAUGAAUCUGGGCUGCCUUACAAGGCGCUAUUGUUUACUCAAAACUAACAGACUGGAAAGGUUUUGUAUAUUGAAGUUUUCAUGGAAAGAAUUAAUUCUGCACCAAAUUCCUAAUUUCUCUUUCACGUGACAGUUUUUGUGUGGAAUUGCUCCUUUCAAAUUUCCUUCAGUGCACAGCUGAGCGUGUGAGAAUAAAAACCAUACUGAAUACUUACUGUUUGUGAUUUGUGUUUACAUUAUAUAAAUUUGUUAUACUUUUUAAUAUUAUAAGCUUUUGGGAAGUGUGGUGAAAGUGGUGGGGAAAUUUAAACAAUUGUUACAUUUGAAAUCUAUGUAUAAAAUAAAAGUAUUUAUGGAUAACAA